GCUAGCCUCCCUCGCUAGUCGCUCCAAGCUAACAGUGUUAGUCAAUAGAGGUCUUGGAUGCUACAACGCUACUGGAAAUGCCUUCGGAAGUAAAGCAGCCUGGCUGGCAGACGACGAAAUUAUUUUAUAGAUGAACAUUUAUAUAUUUCGGCAAGUUGUGUGAUGCGCUGCUGGACUAAGGAAUAAUACUUUAUUUCGGGGCGGCUUGAACGACGAAGCUCACAACGUAAAGGACUACAAACGCUUAGCUAGCCGGCUAGGUAAAGAUUACGUCCUGCUUUUUCCAUCCGUAAUAUAAGUCAUACUACUACUAAUAAUAAUCUAUUUUUAUUUGACUUGUAAGAAGAUUUAGACAUGGACUGGUUUAUAUUGUGCUUCACGCGCGUGUUUAGCGUGUUAGCUCAUUAGCAAUGGCUAGCUUGUUAGCGUGCUAGCUGAAAUCGGCUAACGCUAGCGAGGCAAGUUGGCAGCAGAGUUUGGGCGAGCUAACAACGGCUGCAUUGUCUCCCACCAGCGACGCCCCCGCCCCACUCGGCUCUGCUCCACAUUGCAGUCAUGUUUGAAAUGGAGACACACGUAUCGUGCCUUUUCCCCGAGAUCCUUGCCAUCAUUUUCAGCUACCUGGACGUGAAAGACAAAGGCAGGGUGGCCCAAGUAUGCGCGGCCUGGAGGGACGCGUCCUACCACAAGUCAGUGUGGAGGGGGGUGGAAGCCAAGCUCCAUCUGCGCCGGGCCAACCCCUCGCUCUUCCCCAGCCUGCAGACGCGCGGGAUUAAGAAGGUGCAGAUCCUCAGUUUGAGGCGCAGCUUGAGCUACGUGAUCCAGGGCAUGCCUCACAUCGAGAGCCUGAACCUGUGCGGAUGCUUCAGCUUGACAGACAACGGACUGGGUCACGCGUUCGUGCAGGACAUCCCAUCCCUGCGGGUGCUCAACUUGAGCCUCUGCAAGCAGAUCAGCGACUGCAGCUUGAGCCGCAUCGCCGAGUACCUGAAGAACCUGGAGGUGCUGGAACUGGGGGGCUGCAGCAACAUCACCAACACAGGGCUGCUGUUCAUCGCCUGGGGCUUGCACAGACUCAAGAGCUUGAACCUGCGCAGCUGCCGCCACGUGUCCGACGUGGGCAUUGGGCACCUGUCGGGCAUGACGCGCCACACUGCCGAGGGCUGCCUCACCUUGGAGAAACUCACCUUGCAGGACUGCCAGAAGCUCACCGACCUCUCGCUCAAGCACGUCUCCAAGGGGCUCAGUCGGCUCAAGGUGCUCAAUUUGAGCUUCUGCGGUGGGAUAUCGGAUGCUGGCAUGAUCCACCUCUCGCACAUGACGCACCUGUGCAGUUUGAACCUGCGCUCCUGCGACAACAUUAGUGACACGGGCAUCAUGCACCUGGCCAUGGGCUCCCUGCGCCUCUCGGGCCUGGACGUCUCCUUCUGUGACAAGAUCGGCGACCAGAGCCUGGCGUACAUCGCUCAGGGCCUCUACCAGCUCAAAUCGCUGUCGCUGUGCUCGUGCCACAUCAGCGACGACGGCAUCAACAGGAUGGUGCGGCAGAUGCACGAGCUGAGGACGCUGAACAUUGGGCAGUGCGUGCGCAUCACGGACAAGGGCCUGGAGCUCAUCGCCGACCACCUGACCCAGCUGACGGGCAUCGACCUGUACGGCUGCACUAAGAUCACCAAGAGGGGCCUGGAGAGGAUCACCCAGCUGCCCUGCCUUAAAGUGUUGAACCUGGGCUUGUGGCAGAUGACCGACAGCGAGCGUGUGAGGUGAAUGGUGGCCUCGGUUGCCAUGGAUACCAAACAUUUCACUUUUUCGGGUGUCCCAGUCUUUAGCUACCUCGCCCGUGCAACACAGCAGUGCCUACAGCUCCAAUAACGCAUAUUUUUAUGACUCUUUUCUACAAAACCCUACAGUGUAAUAACAAUAAUAAUAGGUAUGCAUUUUAACUCCUAAACAAAAAAGGCUGGGAUUAACAUUUGUACAUUCUUUUUCGCUGAUGUAUUUUUUUAACAAUAUUUUUUUCAAUGGAAUAAUUUUGUACUUCAAAUUGAAGUGGGACGCAUCACUUCAUGUGUGCUUGUUUACUUGUUGAAUAAGGCGGCUGUCACAUUCCAAAGGAUGACAACCCAUUUAAGAGAAAAAAAGUACAUCACUGUGCGACUUACAGUAUAGGCCUUGUGAUUGGUUGACAGAUUAUGCAAAAAAAAAAAAAAAAGGUUCACCGAUGGAUGGUGGCGCUCGGAAUGGUCUCAAGAGAAUUUGUUAAAAAAUAAACAGUAAUUUAAGAUUGUUUUAUAUUCAUACUGUAGUGAUAUUUAUGAAUAAAGAUGACAAAUAUGUUUCACCUUAA